AUGGCUCUUCUUGUUGAAGGGUUGGAGGUCGGAGGGGAUACCUUCAUUGAAGAGUACAUCAUUGGUCCUGCUAUCGAACCAGCUGACGACCACGUCGCUGAUGGUGAUAGAGAACAAAUAAUACUAUUUGGGCCUGAAGAGGGCCAAUCAUGGAUAGCUCGGCCUUCCAAAGGACCCAGCAUGCUUGGAAGUGUGCUUUCUAUCGGAUCUCGUCAUGGCAGCGUGGGGAACCAAAAUGUACCCCUUACGGAUCCUAUUGUCACGCUUUUUGGGAGUGUCCAUGAGAACAUCUCUCUCGCUGGAGGAAGUAUGAGGAGAUUAAUGUCUUCAAAAUUUGACAGUAUGAUCAGUAUCACAGAUCAGCACCCCAAGACCGAGCAGUGGGAUGAGGAGAACCUCCAUAGGGAUGAUGAGGAGUAUGCAACUACUGAUGGUGCUGCAAGUGACUAUGAAAACAAAGUACACAGCCCUCUGCUGUCCCGACCGAAUACAAGUGCCGAAGGGAAGGACAUUGCACAUCACGGGCACCGUGGAAGUGCUUUGGGUUUGAGAAGAAGAAGCCUGUCCGAUGAGGGUGGUGAGGCAGCAACCAGCACUGGCAUUGGUGGCGGAUGGCAGCUCGCCUGGACAUGGUCAGAGCGAGAAGGUGAGGACGGUAAGAAGGAAGGGAGUCUCAAAAGAAUCUACUUACACCAAGAGGGAGUUGCUGGCUCAAGAAGGGGAUCUGUUGUCUCACUUCCUGGUGGAGGUGAUGCCUCUGAAGGUGGUAAGUUCAUACAUGCUGCUGCUCUGGUCAGCCAGUCAGCUCUUUACCCGAGGGAUAUUACAGAACAGCGCAUGGCCGGUCCAGCCACAAUGCACCCAUCAGAGGCAGCUGCCAAAGUUCCAAGCUGGAGGGACCUGUUUGAACCUGGUGUGAGACGUGCCCUGUUAGUUAGUAUUGGAAUUCAGAUCCUUCAACAGUUCGCGGGAAUAAAUGGGGUUCUCUACUACACUCCGCAAAUUAUGGAGCAAGCUGGUGUGGCAGUUCUUAUUUCCAAUCUUGGUCUCAGUUCGGCAUCAGCAUCCAUCCUAAUUAGUUCUGUCACCGCCCUACUUAUGCUCCCUAGCAUUGGUUUAGCCAUGAGACUUAUGGAUGUAUCUGGAAGAAGUCUUGAUAGCAUCUUAAUUGUCCUGGUUGUGUCUAAUGUUAUCGAGUUGAGUACAGUGGUCCAUGCUGUGCUCUCCACAAUUAGUGUCAUCACCUACUUAUGCUGCUUCAAAAUGGGCUUCGGCCCCAUUCCCAACAUUCUAUGUGCAGAGUUUUUUCCAACCAGGGUUCGUGGCAUCUGCAUUGCCAUCUGUGCUUUGAUAUUUUGGGUUGGAGACAUUAUUGUCACAUACAGUCUUCCUGUGAUGCUGAAUGCUAUUGGUCUAGCAGGCGUAUUUGGCAUAUACGCAGUUGCCUGUGCCAUUGCCUUUGUGUUGUCUAUCUUAAGGUUCUGGAGACAAAGGGCAUGCCCCUUGAGGUCAUCACUGAGUUCUUUGCAGUCAGUGCAAAGCAAGCGGUUGCAAAGGCCUAGUUCCUUCGGCAACUUUGCUUGCAACUUUUGCACCAUGCAACUUGAAGGAAUCUCACCAACAGGUUUGGGAGGUUUUUGA